AUGACAAAAAUUGACGAAGAACCAAAAACAAAGGAAAGGGAAAAAAAACCUUUCACUAACCUCAAUCUGGAUAAUUCAAUCAUUUUCUCACUUUUCAUUCAAAAGUAUUUUUAUUGUGCUAAAAUACAAGAAAUUAGCAUACCACAUAUUUUAAAUAAAAAUGAAAAUGUUUUAUUACAAUCUGAAACAGGGACUGGAAAAACAUUAUGCUUCGUUAUACCAAUACUUCAAACUUUAAUCAAUUAUAAAAAACAAAUUUUUAAAAAUCAAAUAUAUAUAACUAGCGAAAAAAGUUGUAAAGAAAAAACAGAAUGCAAUCCUGAUGAUACUCAUAUUGAUGACACUACUAAAGCUAGCGAUUUUGUUUACGACGAAAAUAGUAUUAAUUCUAUUUAUGAUUAUUUUCAAAAAUGUGAGAUUACUAAAUGUAAAUCUGUUCCAUUUAAUAUAAAUGUAGAUAAAUUUAUUUCAUAUAACAUUAAUAAUAAUAUAAUACAAAAUCAAGACAGUACUACUAAAGAAGGAUUACUAACAACAGAGAAAGCUACAACCCCUAUUGAAGAGGCAACAAACUUAAUAACUAAUGUAGAUCCAGAAAUUAAACAAAAUGAAAAUGAAGGGAAAAGUACUGAGUUAAAAGACGGAGAAAGUGCAAAAUGUAAUGCCCAAUUUAAUAUAUCUGAAAUUGUAGCUAUUCAAGAAGAUAUCGAAAUAUUUCAUAAUGCAAAUCGAAAUAAAGAAGAGAAAGGGAUUGACGUAAAUACAAUCAUAAUUACCCCAACACGAGAACUUUGUAUACAAAUAUAUAAUGUAAUAAAUAAUUUUAUAUUUUUUAUAAGAUUAUAUUUUUCAAAUAAAUUUAAUGUAGAUUUAAAAAUAUUAGAUAAAGAUAAUUUUUUUAUAAAUAAUUUAUUAUUUAGAGGAGCUGUAAAAAUUGAAGAUGAUAUAAAAGUUCUAGAGAAUGAAAAAAAAAAAAAAAAUACUUUUCAAAUAAUUACAGCUACUCCUGGAAAAUUAGCAAAUUUAUUUAAAGAGUAUCAUAACCUUUUUAACACAUCAAAAUUGAAAUAUUUUAUAUUAGAUGAAGGAGAUAAACUAUUGGAAGAAAGUUAUAUAAAUUAUGUAAAAGAUGUUGUAAAUAAUAUCAAGUCUAAUGAUUAUAUUACUUGUAUAUGUAGUGCAACUUGUUUAUAUGAAGAUAAAAUUUGUAGUUUAUUUCCUUCUGGGUUAAAAAAAAGAAAGCCAUUCAGAAUAAUUCUUAAUCCUAAGGAAGGAGAAAAUGAACAACAAUCUGAUCUUAAUGUUAUUUCCCCUUCACGUGUUUACUUAAAUGAUAAAGAACAAGAUAAUGAGCAUGAUAAUGGAAAUAUAACCACCUCAUUUGCAAUGUCUAAUCAAAUUGAAAAUUAUUAUAUCGUAUUAAGAAAUAUAGACAAAUUUUUUUUCCUUUUUAAAUUUUUAAAUACAGUUUUGAAUAAUGGAGAAACUGCUAUUGUGUUUUUCCCAACCUGUUUUUGUGUUGAUUAUUAUUUUCACAUGUUUAAAAGUAUUUUUAGCAUAAAAAAUUUAUACAAUAAUGACGAGGAAAAUCUUUUUAAAAAACUUAUCAGACUGAACAAGCUUUAUAAUAAUAUCUGUACAGAUGAUGAGAUGCUCGUUUUUUCAAAAAUGAUUUGCUAUAUUCAAAAUUAUAUAGGAAAAAAUAAAAUAAAUUUUUUAAAAAUUCAUAGAAAAAUGAAAGAUAAAAAACGGAUUAGUGCCUACAAUAAAAUAACAAAUAAUAAAAAAUAUGCUAAAAAAAAAAAUGUAAUUUUUUGUACAGAUGUUAUGAGUAGAGGAAUAAAUAUUGACAUUCAAUGGGUCAUAAAUUAUGAUGUUCCAAAUAAAAAUAUGACAUAUAUACAUAGAAGUGGUCGAACUGGUAGAUUUGAUAAAACAGGUAAAAACAUUAUUUUUAUAAAUAAAAAGGAAAAAGAAUAUUUAUACUUUUUAAAAAGUAAAAAAGUCAGCAUUUACAAUUUUAAAAAAACAGAUAUGUUUCAAAAUAUGAUCAAAUAUGAAUCUACAAUCAUAAAAACAGAACAACACUUAAAUAAGGAGGCUCUAAAACUUGCAAAUAGAAAUAGUGAUUGCAUAAGUUUUCUUGAAAAAAAACAAUUUUUUACAAAUUGUGACACAACAAAUAGUAAAUCGAAAAAUAAAAAAGGAAAUAAAAAUAAAAAAGAUAUUCCUGAGGAUGAAAAAGAGAAAAAUGAAACCCCCAAACGACAAAAUAUUAUACUUCCCAAUAAUAUAAUUACGAUAUUCUUGAAACUGAUAAUAUUUUAUGCUAUUGAAAAUCGAGAAAUAUUCAAUUUAUCAACAAAAGCAUUUUUGUCAUAUAUUGAAUUUUAUAAAAAUCAUCAAUUAAAUUUUCUUUUCCCAUUUAGCAAAUUAAAUAUAUCACAUUUAUGUCAUACAUUUGCAUUAGUUAAAAUACCAAAGUUUAAAGAAAAAGAAAAAGUUAAAAAUUUUAAAAGUUUCGAUAUAAAUGUCUAUGAUAUACCCUAUAAAAAUAUUGAAAAAGAAAAGAAGAGGUUAGAAAAUAAGAAAAAAAAAGAAGAAGAAAAAGAAAGUAUUUUAAAAAAGGAACAACCUCUUUCUACUGAACAAAACAAAAAUGAUAAAAAUGGUAAAAGUGAUAAAAAUAAAAAAAAGAGAAAAACUAUUGUUCAAAGAAAACAUGAAAAAAGAGAAAUGGAUCAAAACGAAAUUGACUCUUUAUUUUUUGAAGAAAAAUUAUUUAAAAAAUUAAAAAAAAAAAAAAUAACUGAUGAAGAAUAUGAUCGAUUGUUAGGAAUUGAUGAUCUUGACAAAUUAUUCACUUCAAAUCCAUCAAAGAAAAAUACACAAAUUGUUAAAACAACUGUUCUACAAAAUUCAAACAAAAAAAAAAGUAAGAAAAAACAAAAACUAUACAAUUUAAAGGUCAAAAAAGUAAGAAGAAAUUCAAAAAGACGAAGAUAA